AUGUCUCUACACCAGUUCUUACUAGAGCCAAUAACCUGUCACGCCUGGAACAGGGACCGAACUCGUGAGUAUUGUCUUAAUUCAUGUGACUUCAUAUCUGACAAUAAACUGGUGCAGAAAAGCCAGCUUGGCUGCAGAAUACACAUAGCUGGACGACUCUUUACUGAAAAAAACUCAUGUUGCCAAUAUCUGAGGUUCAGUACAAAGAUUUUGGAUUGUCUUCAUUUGGCCCACUAAUAUUGGGGCUAAUCAAAACGAGUGCCCUGUAAUUUCAUCACAAUGGCAGGCUUUUCCCCCCAUAAAAGCAGUGAAUAAGGUUGUUUAAUCUUUUCACCACCUGCAACGUCCAGCCCCUGAGUCAUUUCCCCCUCCAUGUAGUUGAGCCCUUAAAGUACUCUUCCUUUUCUCACAGGCAUUUGGUGGCAUGUGUUUGCCUGUGACUGGAUUAUAUUUCUGCUUUUGCUAUUUUAUGGGUUCUGCUUCUGUGCCAUUGCUUUAGAUUUUUCGUAUUUUUAGUUUACCAUUUUUACGCCAAGUGCAUUUUUUGUUGGAAAGACUCCUCGCAAGUUUCAUGAAUAUGCUAUGAUUAUGAUUUUGAAUCUUUCUUUCUUAAAAAUAGAAAUAUUUCUUAUACUAAUCAAUUCAUCCUCUUGGCAGAGAUUGCCAUUAGCCCCAAUAAUCAUGAAGUUCACAUCUAUAAGAAGAGUGGGAACCAGUGGGUGAAAGCUCAUGAGCUCAAAGAGCACAAUGGACACAUCACAGGUAAGAGAAUUUUCAGCUGCAGCUUUGACUAUUGGGCCUUUGAAUAUUGCAAGAGUCAAGCGCAUCUAGUGAGGAAGUCAACCUGUUUAAUUGCUUCUUCUCAUUUUGAAUAAAACAAUACAGUUGCCAUGCUGUGAUUUUAGCUGUGUCCAUCCAGGUGAUUCUCUUAGAAACACGUAUCAAUUGCUGUCAAAAAGGGUUUUGCCUGGGGACCGGGAGUUGUUUUCAUGGAUUUGUGCCCCAUUCCAAAGUAAUAUUUUGUUUUAGUUGUUUGUAUGAACUAUUUUAAAUUUCUUGUGUGCACCACUUUGUGAAUGGAAGUUGAAAAGCAGCAUGUAUAUUUUGUAAAUACUUAAGAUGCUAUGGAAGAAUACCUUGCAUACCUAGAAUGCAGAUGUGCACUUCCGCAGCUACUGUCAUUUUUCACAUUAGACUCUAUCCCUGCCUGUUUAUCUAGACACUCGCUUCUCCUUGAGAGGUAUAUGAAUUGGAGGCUGGGCUUCCAUGCUACCUCUGAUGCUCUUUCAGGUGCAUCAAACACUCUUGCUGGCCAGCAGAUUCCUAUAACAGCAAACCUGCCUGGAAGCAGUGGUAUCAGACAGUAAAUGAUGAGCACUACUGUAGCAUUGGGUUAUAGUAACUCUUGUUCUCUAGGAAGCCAUUUUAGCAGCAAGAGAAUCCAACACUAUGCUGCCUCCUUAACUCUCCUUAGCAUUCAAGGAAAACUCAUAAGUGAAAAGGUAAUACAAAACAAGCAAUUAAAAGAUGUCUGUUUACUGUAUAUGAAACCUUAAUAGUGAUAUCUGAGUUUAAAUUUGUGUUUUAAAACAACCUGGCUUUCAUUGGCAUGCAUUGUUAAUGCAUUUCGUGCAGUUUUUGUACAUCUUUGUUGUGCCACGAUUCUGCAUAUUGUAACAGCCUAACCUCCCUCCAAGGAUUAUUGUGACACAAAAAUGGUAUGUGCCCACAUAAGAAACCCUGAGCUUCUUGAAGGGAAGGAUUUGGCACAGUAGGUAUAAAGAGGCUGAUAGAAAUAUAGCAUUGUUGAAGGAGCUCUGCACUGUAAUAAUUUAUCACAAGGAACCAUUUUGGAGCUUUUAUGUUGUGUGCAGAGGGAGAGUAUUGGAUUAGUUUAUACUGCAGGAAGAUGUGGGAGAGCUGUACAGGACUCACAUUUAAAUGGCUAUCUUUAGAUCUGAAAUAGCAUCUUGCUGAGGCAGAUGGAUUUGUUCCAUCACCCAGAGCACUAUUGCACUAGCUAUACCUGACUUUUAUUUUGGGAUUCUCUUUCUAAUAAAAAAUGAGGAAAACUUUUUGCUUACUGGAAAGCUCAGGUUCUAAAGCACAGUGACUGGGGGGCGGGGGGGGGAUGCACACCACAUUUGCAAACAUAACUUCUUUGCCCACCGAGCGUACUAGGUCCACAUUGGGCUCUUUGUGUGUGUUUGUAUGUCUGCAAACCUUGGUGUUCCCGUGAACCUGUUGAUUCCUCUGUCUUGUGCAUGGAUGCUGCCAGUUUGUCUACAUAGUAAAGAUCCCCACUUGGAGAAUGAAUUCACUAUUAGUAUCUUAAGGAAGAUAUAAAUAUAAUUCUCUCAUUUGAUAUACGGUAAUCUGUUGUUAGAAGGCUCCAGCAACAAUAGCAGGCAUGCCCCUAGAAAUGGAUGCAGUUUGAGUCCUAAAGGCAGGUAGGAUCCAGUAAGAAAUGGUAUAUUGGGUGAACUGUGCAGACAGGGAAACAGGAACCCAGAAAGCGGCCUUUUACUGAUUCAAACCGUCAGUCCAUGUCUAUCUGUGGUGAUUAGCAACGGCUCAAUGGUCUCAAGCAAGGGUUUUUCUGCUGUACCUGUGGAUUAAGCUUGGGAACUUCAGCAAGAAAAAGAUUUACUCCUCCCCUGAGCUUUGGCCCUUUCCCCAAUGGGUUGCAAAUAAUUCAUCUUCAUUCCUGCUCAGAAACAUUUUCAUAUGCCUUACUCUCUUACACUAGCAAUAUUUAUUGUUGGUUCUUUAAAACUGUAGCAUUGGAAACUAAUUUGAGAAUUAGCUACCAUCAUAUCAAGAGUAUGCAUAUUUACAUUGUCAUCUGACACCCUGUUUGCAUUGGUCAUAUGUAGUUGAAAACCAAACAUUGUAAAACAUUUUUGAAAGCCCAUGAAUAAAGUUGCAACUGUUCAGGUACUGCAACCACAGUACUUUGCUGAGACCAAGCUCCUCCUAGAGCUCUGAAUUUGCAGGGGGAGAACUGGAUGCUACAAUAACUUGCGUUUUUGAAUCAAAUAAAUGGUUCUUGGAACCCAGAGGCAGGAGUUGUCUAAAUUCUGCUUUGAUAAAGGCCCAGCUAUUUCUUUAUAGACAGUGGUUUGAGAGAGGCAUCACUCUUCCCAUACAGACUCCUUUUGCCCCUUCUUAAACAGUGUCCUUGUUAGCGUGUAAUGCUAAUCUAAACCAUGGCUUAGCAUGAACGAGUAAACAUGCAGGCUGCCAAAGAGGAGAGGGUGUAUCUUUUCAUGUUGUCUCUAUUCAGGCUCAUGGUUUAGCUCUUUCCAGACAAGCCACAAGCUGUAACCAAGGUUUGUCCUUUGCAUCCAGCUUGCCUGGGCCACUAAUAUGUGCUCGCAAUCCCAUCUCUGGGAGCACAGUAAACCCUCAUUUGACUUCAUGUUACAUGCAAAGUGGGCCAGUGUAUUGAAUACAUAAAGCUGUUUUGUAGAGGUGAGUCUACUGUACACAUUGCAACCAGGAAUCCUUUUUUCAAACUACCUUCAACUCUGAGAAAGUCUCCAGUCUGAGAUAUUUCCCAAUAAAACCUUUCAUUGGGAUUUGCUUACAUGAUUAGGAGGAACAGAGGAGUUUGUAAGAUGGUUAUUUCAGGCCCGUUAGUUGCCAGUUCAUUUCAGGAUUGUUUAUACUGUCCAGGAAUUUGAGGGUUCUAUUCAUAUCCUGUCUUCUGGAGCAAGUUGUCAUUGCCAUAAAUUUGAAGCUUUCCCACUUCUCGCUUAAAUGUUCCGUCAUGAUAAAAAUGGAUCAUGGGUGCUCUCUUAACAGUUCCAGCCAUUCAACAGCAAUACAGUAUGUGCUUAGAGAAGUUACUGAGUGGCAAACUUAAUGGCUACAAAACACCUUUUCCUUAUAGACUCACUAAAGUCAUAGCCACUGUGACUUUUAGCAACACUGUGACGCUGACCUAUUUGAAGUUGAAUUUCAGCUAGUGGAAGAAUAAGGACUUUAGCUGUAUGUUAACCGUGCAUUUGCUUUACAGUGAUACCUCAGGUUAAAUACGCUUCAGGUUACAUAUGCUUCAGGUUACAGACUCCGCUAACCCAGAAAUAGUGCUUCAGGUUAAGAACUUUGCUUCAGGAUAAGAACAGAAACCAGGCUCUGGCGGCGCGGCGGCAGCAGGAGGCCCCAUUAGCUAAAGUGGUGCUUCAGGUUAAGAACGGACCUCCGGAACGAAUUAAGUACUUAACCCGAGGUACCACUGUAAUUUUGUUCAGUUUGAGUGGGGUUUUUAUGCUCCCAUAAUUGUUUCUGUCCAUGACUCUUCCAAGGUAGGAUGGACUUGAAAUCUACAGUAUAUGAAAGGUGUUCUUCUGGUUAAAUAUUUGAUAUUGGCAAAGCAAGAAACAUGGCGCUUUGUUCAUUCUGUUUUUAUGUGACUCAGCCUCCAAUUUAGCCUUGGAUCGCAUAAACCCAGGCAUGCGAUCCUAUAAACUUAAAUAUGUAAAACAACAACACCAAUUUAACCAUGGAUGGAUUUGAAGACAGAGGCUGUACUGAUCUUAAAAUGGUGACUUAAAGUAGUGGAUUAUUAGCUCCUGGUUUGAGGACACCCUAAAGGGACCUGAUUCAGCAACUUUGCUAAAACUAAGCAUGACUCGAAAGUGUCUGGAUGCCACCUGGAGUUCUGUCAUGGAAGAAAUGCAGAAUAAAAAUGUAAUGACUAGGAGGUGGUAGGACUGCAGUGUGUGAUUAAUAAGAUGUGGCACCAAAGAAACAAAACUGCAUUCAAACUUGCAGGCAUUGACUGGGCCCCCAAGAGCGACCGCAUUGUCACUUGUGGUGCUGACCGUAACGCUUACGUCUGGAGUCAGAAGGACGGAGUGUGGAAGCCAACACUGGUGAUUCUGAGGAUCAACCGAGCAGCCACCUUUGUGAAGUGGUCUCCUUUGGAGAACAAAUUUGCUGUUGGAAGUGGAGCUCGACUCAUAUCUGUGUGCUACUUUGAGUCUGAAAAUGACUGGUGAGUUGCCUAAUGCAGAUUGCUUCUCUUCUCAUUCCUCAGCUUGCUUCAGCAGUGACAAGCUUAAAAUAUAGUUGGUUGGUUGGCAGUGAGGUCUUAAAUUCUGAGGCUUCAGUGUCUAAAUCUUUUUCUCCUCUACAUUAUUUUAAAGGGUGUGAAACCAUUUUGAGUCUCUAUCUCAUUAUGGCAACAAGCCAGAAAAUUGCAGGGUAGCUCUGUGUCCUCAAAGCCUUUCAUUACAUGCUUGAGAAUGGAAACAAUUCUGUUGCUUUUACUUGAGAAUAUAAAUGGGUUCUGCUGCUUUCCGUAUGACAAAGAGUUUCAAAUACCUUGCUAAUGUUACUUUUGCAGCUGGUAGCUAACAAGUUACCUGUAAAACAUCUGUCUUGAAUAAGCUUAAUUACUUCAACAGUUCAGCUGCUCUCCUUUAAAAGGCCCAUUAUUUGUGAAAAAAACCAUAUAUUUCCAUGUAUAAGACUAUAUUUUCCCCUAUUUUUUUCAAGUUUAAAAUUGGGGGUCAUCUUAUACACGAAUAGUGCAUAUGGGGGAUUUCUUUAUUUGGAGUCCCAAAAAAUAGGGGUCGUAUUAUACAUGGGGGCAUGUUAUACACGGGAAAAUAUGGUAAAUUUUUGCACAGCUGUUUUAGUGCUGAAGCAACGAUUACAAGUUCCUUACUGAUUUUUCUCCUCCCCUCCAGGUGGGUGAGCAAGCACAUUAAGAAGCCCAUUCGCUCCACUGUCCUUAGCCUAGAUUGGCACCCCAACAAUGUUUUGCUUGCAGCUGGAUCCUGUGACUUCAAAUGCAGGUGAGAGAAUGCAAAGCACUUUUGGAAGUGGAUUUGGGUGACUGUUCAAACUGAUUAGCAGCAGCUCUUUAACACCCUGCAUGUCCAAUGGCUCUGUCAGCAGCAGAUGGGAAGACUGCAGCAAGAGGCAGCAGUGAAAAGGUGAUCAAAUUUGGGGGAAGGGUUUGGAUAAUAAGUAUUCCAGUAUAUGGCAAAGAGUACGCCGACAUGGCAGGCAUCAAGUCAGCCUACUUUGACAGGUACUGCACUUGCGAUGUCCAGAGUAAUUCUGUGCUGCAGAUGUAAACAAUAGGAGUUCAUGCUCAAAGUGGGAACUGUCGCACGUCCCUUUUUUGAAUUUUCUGAAUUCACUUCCAGAUGUGAAAGGGUUGGUGAGUGUCAGCCAUGUUGAGUUUGUGUAUUUGAUGUCCAUAAUCCAGAUUGGGAUUGUAUCAGUUUACAUCUUGAUUCCUCCCAUACCAAAGUGGAACAAUGGGACCUGUGGAGGUGGAACUGCAACCAUAGCACCACACCCCAUGCACAAGCUGGCACCUCUUCUGCGGUUUUUUCUUUGGUACCACAGCCCCUGGGGUUCGGAAGUCUGCCUGUUUUAGUGUCAAAUGUCAGGCUUCCUGUGGCCCGCAGCUUGCACUCUGCCUCUCUACUUGGCCUCUAAUUAUCUUGGUAGACAUACCUCAUUUAUAAGAAAUAUAAAUUAAACUGAACACGGCAAUAUGUUAAAUGUUCACAGAAACUGCUGUUGACUACAUUGGGAGAGCUUUACGUGAGGCUAGUUUGCUGACUUUGAUACUUGACUUGCCUAUGAAAUUAGCAAUUUCAUUUCUGCACAAAGGUAGGCUUGAGUCCCACCCCCCUCCUAAUUUUCCCUUCUGCCUCUUCGUUUGCAGAGUGUUUUCAGCUUACAUUAAGGAAGUGGAUGAGAAACCGGCCAGCACACCCUGGGGAUCCAAAAUGCCCUUUGGGCAGCUGAUGGCUGAAUUUGGUGGCGCAGGAAGUGGCGGUUGGGUCCACAGCGUCAGUUUUUCCGCCAGUGGCAACCGCCUGGCCUGGGUCAGCCAUGAUAGCACUGUGUCGGUUGCAGAUGCCUCCAAAAACAUGAUGUAAGUAAUGUAGCAGAAUCUUAGGGUGAGUUUCCUUGACAUGGUGAUCAUAAUCUUCCUACUUAAAUGUAGUAGUGUGUUGAUGUAUAUUUGCUCAGCAUAUUUAUAGGCCAGGGAUGGGGAACUUUUGGCCCUCCACAUUUGCUAUGCUGUAGCUCCAUCAUCCAUGAUGUUUGGCCAUGCUGGCUGGGGCUGAUGGGAGUUGGAGUCCAGCAACAACUGUGGGCUACAGAUUCCCCAUCCCGGCCAUGGGCAGCUGGUAUCCUGGUUGUAAUUCACGACAAGUAGGGACUGGGAUGAAUGUAUAGCCUAAUAUCAGAACUAAUUGUCUGGUUCAUACUUUAACAAACGGUAUCAAAAUUACCUAGCCAAAUGAGCCAAGGCAGUCAUGAAACUGGGUAAUAAUGCCAGAUUCUGUCCUAACCAGCUGGCAAGAGGGGUACUUUUUAUGAGAUUUCUGUGUGAUGCAUCAUUAACAAGUGAUCUUCUUGGGUUUAGGAUCUCGCAAUUGAAAACAGAAUUCCUCCCAUUGCUGAGUGUGUCGUUUGUUUCGGAGAACAGUGUGGUUGCUGCUGUAAGUGCCUUCUGUCUUUGACUUGCAUCAGUUUUUUUAGGGACAACUAUCAUUGCAAAGACUUAAUGUUACCUUGUUGAUGCUUCUUACUAGUCGCCCUGUUCAAAAGCCUUGAUGUCUUGAUUGCAUACUGAUUAUUGUACAGAUACAGUAUUGCCUAAUCUAAAGCAGCUUCAGAUUAUCUAUGUGUGUUGUAGAUAUGUUUGUGUGCAAUGAACAAGCAUUUCCAUUUUUGUCACAUUCACAUGUUGAGCCCAUUUGUUAAGCAACCUUGAACAAUUACAGCUUCACAGCAUCCUCAGUGAAGUGUAUACAUGUGUGUUGGUUUAUUUAUCAUUCCACUAGCAGCCUUGUGUGUGGCAUUUCUCAUUCUAAAAGAAUCAGUGGCUAAAAUCAGUGUAGUUUUGAAACGUUCAGCCCACCAUGUUGAUUGAAAAUGGUAUCCAGUUUGUAUUCAAACAUAGACAAAAACCUGCUCCUAGGUCACCAGAACUUUCAUACAAAAUUUGGUUAUGGCAUCUUAAGCGUUGUCCAAAUACAUAAUGGGCAAACAGCUUUCAAGAACACAUGGUAGAUUUAUUUAUAUUCUGCCUUUCCUUUAAAGAGCUCGAGGUGGUGUAUGUUGCUGUUCCCCACCCAUUUCAUCCUCCCAGCAGCCCUGUGGAGUAAGUUGUGCUAAGAGACAAUGACUCGCACAGAGACACUAAGUGAGCUUCAUGGCUAAAUGAGGAUUUGAAACUGGGUCUCCCCUAGUCCUAGUCUGACCUCUACACCGCACUGGUGAACUGCAGGAAGGUUUGUUGUUGUUGUUGUUCUUGUUGUUUGAGGUGGGGGUGUUCCUCAUGGAAGUCAUUUCUGUGUAGGAAAGUUGUAACCUUUGAAGCUGCCCUUAGCUUGAAGACUUAAGCUUUUUAAAAGAAGGUGGCCAAGCCCAAGCAAGUAAUUGGUAGUAGGUUUGGAGCACCAGCUAGACACAUUCUGCUGAUUUGUUACAGGGUCAUGAUUGCUGCCCGAUGCUCUUCAACUGUGACGACCGUGGUACCCUCACUUUUGUCUCCAAGCUGGACAUUCCCAAGCAGAGCAUACAACGCAAUAUUUCGGCCAUGGAACGUUUCCGCAACAUGGACAAGAGAGCCACUACAGAGGAUCGCAACACUACUCUGGAGACGCUGCAUCAGAACAGCAUCACGUAGGUGGCACAGGGCUCAAGCUGCAGCCUACCUAGCCUUGAAACUUGUAGUGUCUGUUACUUGUAUUAUUCCAGCAUCACAGGAAGAAGCAUUGCAGCUCCCCUCCUUCCUGCGCUGCCAGGUAGCAUGAGGAGCCUUGGACUGUGCUCUUCCCCACUUCAGAUAACUUGGCCAUUCCUGAUGUGGAAAGGAGCCCCCAUGAGAAUGUUAAGUUCCAGGUCAAGAUGCACAUGUCAGAAGGUGAUGAACGCUGCUAGAUCAGCUGAAACGCCCAUGGUAGUCCAGCAUUCCUGUUUUCACAGUGGCCAACCAGAUGCCUUAGGGGAAGCCUACAAGCAACAGCACUCUCCCCACAUGUGUUAACCAGCUCCUGGUAUUCAGAGGCAUGCUGCCUCCAGCACUGUAGGUAGAACAUAGCCUAGUAGCCAUUGAUAGCUUUAUUCUCCAUAGUCUUUGAAAGUCAUCCCUUCCCCAGUAGCUUCUCUACCUCACCUGAUUCUCAGAGGUAUAUUGCCUCUUUACAUUUAGUGAACAACAGAAGAUGCUACCUUGUGAUACUUUAUUUCUCCACAAGUGUGUCAUUGCAAGUAGCAAAGUGUGAAACCCACAAUAAAAUCGGAGCUCCACAAGCCAUGGGUAGCAAAGACCAUUUUUAUUCCAGCAAGUUUUUUUCCUAGAUGCUGCUUUUAAAAUAUAAUUGGCUUCUGUUUCUCCUUUGUAUUGUUGCUUUUAUUUAUUAAUGUGUUUUAGUGUUUUGGACAUUUAUAAAUAUAGCUUGGUUAGCUGCCGUUUUUUCAUAUAGAAAAUGGGUAUAAAUAUUUGAAUCAAUAGCUCUAACAUGAAUGUGGCUGCAGGUAAUUUUGCAGUUAUUGCUGGAGGAAAUCCUUUUAUCAGGUUGCAUGCAUUCUGCCUACUCCAUUCUGGCUCAGUAAGGUUAUACUCAAUCACCGUGACAGGAUGGGGAAAAAUGAUUUGCGCUCUGUUUCUUAAUACAGCACAAAAUGUCCAGGGCUAAGUGUAUUGGAAUAAGCCUGUUUCCUCCUUCAGAGAUUAAAGCUGUCUCUUUUCUCCUUGCAGCCAAGUGUCUAUUUAUGAGGUGGACAAACGAGAUUGCCGCAAGUUCUGCACCACUGGUAUUGAUGGAGCAAUGACCAUCUGGGACUUCAAGGUCUGUUUUGACAACACUGCCCACACCAAAUUAGCACCCUGCUGUUAAUAUCUUGUAGGCCAGCACUAGGGUUAAUUGUUUUAGCAAUAGGGACUAGGGGAUACUGUUGUCAAACUUUGAGGGCAUUGUCCCCAAAUGGCUUAUUUGGCAGAUGAUGCUACUCAAGACUAAUUUUGUUAAACGGGGUCAUUUCUGUCCCUUUUAGGAAUUUUGGUAGUGCUUUGUUUGUCCUCCAUCUCCUCUCUGCUUGGCUUUUUGCAAUAAUCCAGCUGUGGCUAGGACUGGAGGCGAAGCCUUGGAUCCUAAGAAAUCAAUUUAAGGAAAUGAAUAGAAGAAAAGUUUCCCAUCCACCCAGUUUUGGAUGAUUCUCCUGCACCCUGUUUCACAUUGUUCAAGAAGGCCCCCAACCCCAAAGAGAGGUUUUUCAGGGGCACAACUGGCUGCAGGGGGAGGAGGCAAAAAAAGGAUAUGUAACUCCUACUAUGAACUUCCUUAAGUUGUUCUUAAUAGAAGAACCUGCUGGAUAAGGCCAAUGUCCUGUUCUAACUGGAAGAACUGUGCAUGCCACAGUAUUGUUUGCCUGCAGAAGGUCCCAGGUUCAGUCCCUGGCAUCUCUUACAGCACGUGAUGUGGAACACCUUUGCCCAAUACUCUGCAGAGUCUUUGCCGGUCAGAGUGGAUGGACAAACAGUAUUAAGACAGCUUCCCGUGUAGGUCAUCUGGUUUCUCUAUACAGGCUGCUGGAGGUUCACAAGGUCACUGAAAGCUGUGCUGCAUGCACAGGGGGAAAGUGUACAAAACAGCGCAUGGUUUUCUUCUCUCGUUUCCUGUUCUUGCAAUAGAGUGCUGAAUUCAAGCGGGGGGGGGGGAGCUUAAAAUAAUUUUGAAAAGCAUGUGCAACCUUCCUGUCAUUUCCUUUUACUGCCCAGUAGGUGUCUCUGUCUCUGUGUCUUCCUGAGAUUCCAGGAUCUAGACAGGAAGACUUGAAGUUGGGGGACUGGAGGCUAGUAUUUCCUGCCAUGGCUUUGCACAGCCAUAGUCCUCAAGCCAUGACCAUGUUAAACUGCAUACUGACUCCUAUGUUGAAUGGCAGACAUUUGCCACUUUUGGGUUGUCUCCAACUGCUCUGAGCAGACUCAUUUAGAUGAUUAGACGUAACUGUUUGCAUCAAUUCAUAUGAAUUUUUAUUUUAAAAUUUAUUUUAUUUAUUUGGUUUAUGUACUGCCCUUUAUGAAAAGAUCCCAGGGCAGUGUACAACAUUAAAAACAUGUCUUAAAAAGACAGCAUAAUAAAAUAAUCAUAAUAGCAGUAGUAAGGUGCUAUCCUAACCAUGUCUACUCAGAAGUAAGUCCCUUUGAAUGCAGUGGGAGUUACACCCAAGAAAGUGGGGUUAGGACUGCAGCUGUAGUCGGGGCUGCACAAAAAAACUUCCCAGUAACUUGUGCACCACGAAAGGCUGAAUUCUCACAUUCUGUGUUUUUUGCAUUUUGCCCCAAAAUUGUAGAGGGGCAAAGAGCUAGCUAGGCAUUGAAGCCCCCUUGCUAUUGAUAACCACAGAAAAAUCUUACUCAUAUUCUCUCCCUCUUGCCCCCCUUUUAUGGGUUCUGAAAUUUCAGCAGGUAUUGCCUGUAUGCCUUUGGGCACAUUUUCUUACUCAUAGGGACUAGGAAAUUCUGACCUCCUUGCUUUUUAAUAACAGCAGAGUGUCGCAGCUGAAUUUUGUGCUCAGGAUUCUGUUCUGCACUCCCAUGGAACUGCAGCUUCCCCCCAGCAGCCAUGGCUAAUGGUUUCUCUCUCUCUCUCUCUCUCUUUUUCUAGACAUUAGAGUCCUCGAUCCAGGGGCUGCGGAUCAUGUAA